UUUACUUGGAAAUAGGGUUAUAACAUCAUGCAAGAAGAAGUGAAAGCAGAUAUCCAGAGAAGGAAAAACCCUGAUAAUACUAAAAAUCAGCCAAGGCAGAAGAAGGCGUCUUUCAUAACAAAAUUGUUAUGCUGAAUCUCUUCUCCUUCUGAACUCCCAAGUAGUAAUAACUCUAAUACUAAUAUCCCAAAAGCACUUAUGGAACAAGGCCAGUGACCAAAUUAAAAUCAGUGAGACCCCACAAGAAGAGUCUAAGGAAGAGGUUCAUCUUAACUUAAUUCCUAAUGUUGACGAAGUUAGCAAUAAGGAGUCUCAAGAAGUUGGGAGCAAAACUCAUAAUACUCAAAAUGUUAUCUCAGGGAUGGGUCCUCGGAAAUCGAGAUAUGACAAUUCCAUAACACCUCCAAGAAAUUCACAAAUGGUCCCUUUCCAUUCAGAAAUAGAUGAAGAUUCUGAUAUAGAAGAGAAAGGGCCGAAGCUUAAGGAGAAGAGCAUUGCUCUGCAUCCUGAUUCUUGUAAUGAUAUACCUUUCCUUAGCAAAGCCCCAUGAGUGGUAGUCUCCAAAAUAGAAGAGAAACCGGAGGAUUCAAAAACUAAGAAAUAAAGAAAAUACAAGCAUUCUACCUCCUUUAAGUUUGUCAAAAUAAUUUCAACCUUGCAGAAUCUAAUCUCUUCAACGCAAGUGUGUCGAUACUCCCAAAUAAGAUAGAAUCAAGUGCCAUAAUGUUCACAUCUCCAAAGAAGAAGAAAACGAAGCACCGUAGACGACUAGUCGAUGUAGAGCGGGAAGAACAAAGGAAAAAGAGGAAAAGGACAACUCUUAAAGGUGCAGAUAGGAUCCAAAGCGAGAAAAAUGUGGAUAAGGUCAAACCCUAUGAUAAAGACAAGGAGUCUAAAGAUGAAGCUAAUACUCCAAUCAAUAGAGAAGUGGAGGAAAGCGCAUUGACUCAAUUCGCUCAUUCCUUACUUGAGAAACUUAGUCGUAAAGGAGAUGGAACAAGCACAAAGAGUAAUGAUAACUACUUUUCCAAUAAGACUGGUGAGAAGGAUGCUAGUCCUGAUGGUCAAAAGAAGUCAUGUAAAAAGAAAAAGCAUAAAAAGUGUCAGCGCAGAAAAACCAUGAGAAAGGAUCUCUUCGAGGAUUCCCAGAAUGAGGCUGAAGACAUCACUGUUAAGAAAUCCAACAGGCCUCGAGAAGGCUCCUGUGAAAUGAGUGAAGCUGUAAAUACCUGUAAAAAUAUAAAGACUAAUAUGAAGCGACGAAGGAGUAAGACUGGUGUGGAAAUUAAAGGCAUUGCCUUGAACUCCAAGCAGUUUGAUAACUUCAUUGUGGAAGAAGAAUCUUGAUAAAUUCCAAUUUUACCUAAUUUUAAUACUCAAAUAUCUGUAGAAAGUAAAACUAAUUUUUCUAAAAUACUAAUUUUCAAAAC